CAGCGGUGAUCCCUCCAGGUAUUCCAGCAAGCCGUCGGACAUGACUCUUCCCGACAUGAACCAGGAACAAUUUGUCCAGAUGUGGCAAACCGUGUACAACCUGUUUGUGGGCCAUCCGGACGAGCAGGACUUCUACCACGCUCUCGCUUGCACAGGGACCGAGUUGCUACAAAUGGGCGAGAUGAACCAUGAGGCCAAGACUAAGCCUGACAACUCGGCUGGUGGUGAGAAUUCCAGGGGAGAUGGGACAACAGAUCGGGAGGCUCCUCGGGACUGUGGUGCCACGGCAGCCACCGUGUCGUCGGACAUGUGGGACCGGCACUGGCACAUCAGCUUCCAGCAAUUCCGAGCGUGCUUACACAAGGACGAACAUCUGGCAAGCUUCUUUGACACCAAGACACCUGUGUCCAGUGCACUCGAAGGACUUCGCAGCAGCCGGAUCCAGCAGCGGGCGUCCAGCACGCCUCCGCUCACAGGUGCCAUCAAGGUCUGAUCCGCGAACCCCUCAGAGUGCCGUGUCAGGUCACUGCUCUGUCAAGGAGAUGUGACCGCCCGAACGCUGUAGUGGCGACGGUUUCGUGAGCGAGUGCUUCCUACUGUGCCACAAUUGCACAUGCCGUGCACGGAGAAAAGGUGUAAAUAAUUGUUUGGACUCCAAACACCAUUUGUACCGUAUUGUUAACGGCUACGACCUUGUUUACGGGUUGCAAGUACAGUUCUGCUUGACCGGAAGGCUACAGCAUCACCCAAACCUGUAAGAGUCCCAGCUUUGCGAGCCUCGUAAGAAAAAGGAAAACCCAGGAGCAGGCGACAAUCCAAUUCUCAAGUGGUGAGACAUCCCGAAUUGCCGUACUGCUGUACGGUUUGAAGGAGACUGCCGAUGAACUGCCAUGCAUAGCUGAAGAAUCAGACUGUUUAAGCGUUCUACAAGUAUCCCCACAGAGAACAUCUUUUGGAAAUAAACAGCCGCUCGCAUACAAGAGGGCGGAGUCAGCCACGGUGCAGGGCCGCAGGGUGCCAGCGUAAUUUGAGGUUGGACACGAUUUGGACUUGGGCAGGACAGUUUGCCGUCGGCUUGGCAGUCCACCAUCUUCCAAGAGUUCACCUGCUUCGCUGGAGUUGAGAUCACUGCUAACUCCAGUUGUCCGCGCACCUUGAACUGCCUCUUUGCUGGCCCACGUUCUGUACUUUGGUUCUCUCGAAAAUUUGGUUAAUGGUCCUUGUUCUAGACAUGAGCUCCUGUUUCAGAUACAUUCUUUUCAUGACAAACUUUGGAGGCAUGUGUCAAGCAAAAGGGGGCCACGAGUCGUAACUGAACACCCUUUUCCUUACGGCUUGUUCAACUGUUAAUUGCCGGACCGAGUUGGAAUUCUUCUGGAAUCGUUACAGUGUUACGCUGCUACGAGCAGCCUGCUGCACCUCUGUGUUCCGCACCGAUGCACCGUUCCUGCACGAACAUUGUGUAAGAGCGCUCUUUUAAGAGCUGAUAAAAGUGCCAUGGACCAAGAAUUGAUUUCGCAGAACAGAGAUGGCUAUAUAUAUUGCGCGAGCCAUGGUGCCGUCCUUCGAUUGAAGUUUGCAUUGUUUUAUUUUGCGCACCAACGUGGAAGCAAAAAGUGUGCGUGUGUGUAAUAGUACCGUUUUACUCUGAUACGUAACACGAUGAUAUGUAUCAAACUUCUGACCAGUAUUGAGCUGCCCGCACACGGCAGCUGGAAUUUCGACGUAGGCUAUGGAAUGCUGAAGUGGUGUAAUCUCUGCAAUUUGCACCAUAUGCGGUGUAAAGCUGCCUCAUUACUUUACGCCCUCUGUGAUGGUGAGUUACGCGGUUUGUGAUUUUACACCAUUUGUGGUAUAAAAUUAUGCCCUUUGUUCUGCAACUUGUCAUGCAGAUGUAACAAUCAUUUUUUACUCCCUGUUUAUUUUCGCACUGUUUGCCUGGUACUUUCUAGCUGGGAAUUCUAGGAGACACUCGAAGAACCUAUAGCACUGCUGACAGGGGAGUCGCAGUGUUGAUGAAACUAGAGGCAUAUGAGAAUGAUGGUGAAAACGUUUGUGCAUCAAAAAAGAAAUUUCAUGCAGGAGGGUGUAAAAUAUCUAAGGCUGCACUGUGUGGAAGUCACUUUCUCGAUUUAUACGUGCACGUGUUCCCUUAUUUGCAUGUUAUCUUCUCUCACUCUAUUAGUCUCGCACUCUAAACACAGUUGUGCCACUUGAGGUGUCUUUCUCUUGCACAACAAUAAUUGUCAUCUGGCUUGCAUACCUUUCCUUACUCUAAUGCUGUGUACUCUGUAACUUUCUGGUCAGGAAUUGCAUUUACGCAUCAGUUUAACAUAGCAUUCUCAAUAUGAAAUUAGCAGCAACAGUUUUCAGAAAAGGAGACGCAAGUACGCCGGCUGACAAUUAUUGUUCUGGGACAAAAAAGACGCCCCAAAGGGUGCGUUUCUGGAGUGUAAGGGUUCAUUCUUAUCGGCGACUUGAAGCAGUCACACAACCACUUGUAACUGGUGACCGGGAGGCGACUCAAAGCUACCAAUAUUCACACCGGCUAGCGCGAGCUAUCUUUUGUCACAGCUAAAUGCCUCGUGAUUGCGACUCCAUUCAUGUCACAAUCACGAAUGUCACACGUAAUUGACAAAUCCAGCAGCGAAGCGACUGAACCAAAACAGUCGCCUUACGACCAAAGCAAUCAUUUGCGACUAACUUGGUCGCCUGACCACUGCCAGUUGCCGGUGCAAAUAAGCCCUGACAGGCACGCAUUUGCCAAUGGGCCAAAGUGGUUAUCACUGCUGCUGAGGUGCUUGCACCUACAAAUUGUUACGUGACAUACAGUGCUGAGUCACGGAGCUUCAAAUGUGGGAAGGACCGCAUGACUUUUGGGGUCUCCAGUUACUGCAUGAUAUAGAAUACAGUAGACUGUCAUUAAACGGAACCUGAGGGGAUGAACAGGGGUGCAGAAUACAAGUACGAAACCAAUCAUAUCAGAGGCAGUUGUUCCAUUUAAUCAGCAGUUUCGUAUCAGUGAUUUCCGUUUACUCAGAGUCUACUGUACGGCGUCUCUACUCCGCUCUUUUAUGAACAGCCUAUCUUCUAUUUUUUGCUUUUCUUUUUGAAUUUUCUUUUUCCCAUUAAAUAUAGCCAGCAGAGAGAUGCAAAUGUCUUUUGUGAUGUCCCACAUCACUCGCAAGAUAUUUGCUCACGUUUAGUACUCUCUGUAACUGCCUCAUCUGUUGCCUCCGAUGUGGCAGGUAUGCUGCACAAUUUCGCACAUUCACGAUUCGACGUAUUCUGGAUAAUUUUGCUCACGUGUGUGUGAACUUUGUCGGUGGUGUCAUUAAUGUGCGUUUGCUGCUUCUGUAUUUUGGUUGCGCACCUUGAAUGCCUGAGUUGCCACGGUGACAGCCAACCCAAACAAGGUCCGUUAUUGUAGCUGCAAAGGCUGGGCCGAAAUGUAGUCUUAAUACAUGUUCCAUUUGGCGUCAAAUUUUGACGUACACUCAAACCUCAUUAUAACAAAGUCGCAUCUGCCACGAAAAUAACUUCGUUAUAUCCGAAAAUUCGUUAUAAACAUUUAUUUGUAACACUGUUGCUAUGACAAGACUAUUCUUCAUUUACUUCGUUAUAACCGAUAAUUCGUUAUAUCCGUGUUCGUUAUAACGAGGUUUGAGUGCGGCCGGACUGCAUCUUCUGGGUCAGCACACCAGCCUUAGAAACUUGCUGUCUUUACGUUUUUCAUGGAAGUAUUUUCAAAAGUACAAAAUUACAAUGACAUUAGAACAUAAACAUUGUAAAGUCUAGUGUUUUCUUUCUUCCAUCUUUAAACAGUGAAAGCAAAACUGUGACGACUUACUGCAGCGUGCUCGUGAUGCAUGCUGAGAUACGCCGACAUGAUAUUACCAUACUUGGCAGUGUGACAUCAUCAUGAAUCUCCGAUGUGGAGCCAUAAAAAGCAAUGGCAGUAUAUGUAAUGGCAGUCUUACGCGACUUAAUGCGUCGUUUUACUUUGAUUGGUUUUUUUUUCCUGAAAUGAUAGCUAUAGCUACAUUUAAGCAAUGUCCUAAGUACCAGAAAAAAAAAAAGGGCUACCGGUGGCGUGUGUGCUAUGCUAAUGUAGAUGAGAAAGUGUUGCUUUUCUUAAUUGUACCAAUGCUAUUUUUUUUAUGUGGACUUAAAAGAUGGUCGUCGAUAUUAUAGAUAUGUGCAUGUUGUACCUAGCUUGUAAUCUGAAAAAAAAUUGCUGAAAGUAGGCUGGCACUACUUGGAGGCUAAUGGCAAUAUGACUUUUGCAGACUGGGGCUAGUACGGCUAAUGGAUUGCACUGGCAUUUGUUGCACUGGGGUAAAAAAAUCUCUUCUGGUCAAGAAUUAAUACUGAAGAUGCACCAUUCUUAUGUUUUCCCGUUGAGACAGGCAGCUGCACAUGCAGCAAUGCAUUGUUGGCUAGUGAAGGUUAGCUGGUUAGUACGACACUAUUCCAAUUAAUGGCAUGAAAAAGACAUUUGAAAGUCAAAGAGACAGGCACAUUGGUGUCCGUGUUUCUACGAAAGUGUUGACCUAUUUUGUGUAUGUGAGCAAGCGUAAUUUGAAGGGGUCCUUUCCCAUUUUUGGAAACGGAAUACGUGGCCAGUCUGUAGUGAAGCCACCUGCGAACAUCUGAGCCAAACAUUAUAGCACUGCAACCAGUAGGGAAUGUACAAUUUCGUUUCAAAGACAGCUAAAAUCGCUUGCUCUCUCCUUGGCCAAGUAUGCAGCAGGUGAGAGUUUCACGACCAUUGACUGCCCCACCCCCACGUUUAGCUUCCAGCAUGCUCAUCGGGACGAAUCAACAGCGCACUCAUCCUAUGAUAACUUCCUGUCACUUCGCUUAUAUACUUGACAGACUAAAAAAAUGUUUACGGUGGGGGAUUCACGCGGGAAUGAACUUUUAAAGCAAGGUCAUUUGAUGAGUACUUACAAAAGUGUUCUAGGGCCUGUAAUAUAUUUUAGAAUUCACUAACUGCUUUGUGGAUAUGCUCAAGGCUCACAAGGAUGAAUUCCCGUGAUAAAUGCAGGCAAAAGUAUAAGUGAAUACACUGAAUAGGUUUUAUAAUGCAUGGUUUACGUGGGCAAUAUCGUGAUUGCAGGUACAGCAUAAGUGAACACCUUUGACUCAUAAGAAUCGUUUAAAAAUUAUGUAACACUUAUGUUACAAUUAAUGCGCAAUGCAGGAGUAUCCAACUCUUUUCAGAGCAUUGUUCUAUAUAUGAUGGCAGGCAGUUUUUUAGGCUGACAUGGAGAAACACAAGGCGCAUUAUACGUGCACAAAUAUUUACAUUAGCCACAUCGUCAAAUAUAAUUAUGGCAAUGUUUCUGACGCAUUACAGGCACAUCAUUGCGUAGAAAUGAUGGGAAAAUGGUUAUGAUGUGACCAAAAAAAAAUUGUGGAAUAAAAUGCAGUGUGCGCUGUUCCGUAACGCACAUUUUUAUGUGACAGCGCUAGAAGUAAGUCUUGCUGUCUUUUAACAAAGUUUGUACUGAAACAGCAAUUUGAGAGUGUUCCAGUCCACUAAAUCUUUCACAAAUGCACUAAAAUUUAGGCAAACAAAAUUUCAUUCGAAACACUCAAUAACUGGCUACCCAUUGGAAGCAAAUUUUUGGUGCUGAACUUUCCAGGCCUAGCAAGAAAACAUGAAGUGGUAACUGCUUAUAUGCAAUGUUGAACAGCAGAACACAAUGCUAAGUGCCAUGUCGUCGUAAGAUUUUAGUAGGUCUUACCCUAACCAACUUAUCGCAGAGUUCAGCAGCGGUCAGCAUGCAUCACUCGCAUAGGACAGCCUUAGCUCUACUCUCGGCUUGUUUGUUGGUAUGCUAACGUUGCCGGUCGUAUCUUGCUUACCUGAACAUUGCCACGUUGGAAUGGAAUGCCAGGCAAAUCACACCUUGAAUUAUUUAUGAAGAUAUGUGGCAUGACGUUGAUCCACAUUCAUUUACCAAACGCAUGUCCACCAUUAUACUUCACAUCACAGAAAAAGAAAGGGUUCCAUCGCUUGCUGAAAUAUGAAAACACAACAAGCGUAAAAGUGUCUCGUUAGUGUUCAUGGGCCUCGUUCUGUCAUGGCUGAGAAGGGCAAGGUUUCGAUGCUAAUGUUUCGUUUUCAAAUUCAGGCCUCGCAUAUUGAACGAAGCGCAAGCAGUGUGUGCAGCAGAGUUGGCUUUACGUCGCACAUGUUGGCGAAACCUGGCUGCACACUUCUUGGCAUGUUUCAGCAGCACAAGUUAAGAGCCAUUUUCUUGCUAGAAGAGCUCACGGAAGCCACACUUGACAUUGCUUUUGCAUGUGCAUGCAUGACAACAGCAAGCCAGUCCUGUAAACUUGCGUGCAUUAGUGGAUGCAAGUGCUCUACUGUUAAACUAGUAAUGAACCGAGAUGUUGCAUGAAACAAGAUCGCAGAUGUUAUCGCCGCUAAGCAUGUGUUUAGACUUUUUGGGUGCACCUGUUACAGCUCACAGGAAAGAUUUUAUUAAAGAGACUUUGCACGGCCUCUGCUCAGUGGGACAGACGUGUCGAUAAGCAUAUAUUUUGCUACAAGAUACACUGAAUGCGUUGUUAGUGUCCUUGCAUAGAAAUUUUAGCAAUGUGACAAGUAGAAUGCUCACUUAGGUCUGUUACGCGCGAGCCAAAGUAUCCAAGAAAACUAAGCCAGUUAUUUUAACGAUGUUAAACAUACUCUGAUCUUACAUAAUGUUGUCUAUGUAGAAUUCCCUUUUAAUCAAGUCUGAAUUUACAUUAGCGUAAAUCGUGGCUGAUGCAUGGGAGCCAACAUUGCCGCGUUAACAAGUUUUACAUAAAUCUUGUAGCAGCCAUUGUAGCCUAGAUUUCCACGUAUCUAGUCAAGAUCGCUGAAGGGGCCAUGACACCAAAUUUUCACAUUUGAAUUGCGCAUUGCAAUGCAUUCGAUGCGGUCGAGAAUCUGUAUUUGCAUGUUUUGUUUUAUCAUAGUUGAAGUGUGCGCCAAUGUGACGACACUGAUUUGCAACAGAAUAAAAGUGUGUCUCCUGCUCAGCCAGGGUUGUGUACUGUGUGCAUAUGUGGUUCUGCUUUCACAUGCGCGUCACUUCUUAGCCUCACACGAGCCUUAGCGAAAGGACUGUCACUGUUUGCACAAAAGGCUCAUGCCAACGUUGAGUUGAAAAUGUUCAGUUAAAUUUAAAAACCGCCGCUUCCUGUUAUGUGUGGCCGGACCGCACAGUCAACCAUGAAAAGUGUACUGGACAUGGGAUUAAUGAAAAAGCCCAGGCACAUAGCGUAAAAUUCAGUCUCAAGCUGCAGUAUGAGUUCUUGUAGCCUGCCCAGUGGUCUACUAAAAUUGAAAGCACCAUGUCUUAAAGGGCCUUGCACCCACAUUUUAUGUGAUGAGCUCUGUAUUAAAGUGCAUUUCUUGGGCCAUCUGAAGCUUGAUGCGAAAAGAAUUGCGAAAAUUGACGUCGCCAAACGAUUUCAACGUACAAAUUCAACAUUAAAAACAGAUGACAAAGAGUAGCCAUGCUCCUUCACAUUUCACUCACCCAGGGAGGACCAAUACUGGCGUAACACAGUCGCUUUUGAUCGCGAUCAGUCCUAAUCCAGAUCGAAUUUCUUGAUCGUCAUUGGCUGUUUUACGUGAGCUGCUAAAGGGAACCAAUCAAUCUUGAGAUAUUUGAUUUUCAUCAUGCUCAAUCGUGAUCAGCAGUGUGCCAUGCGACACCAGUAUAGUGAUGUUUUCAGCUUUCAUUUGUCACCAGUUAAAAAAUGAGUUAAUUGUGCCCUUUCAUGACAAUUUGUAUCAUCUCUUUCUGAUGCACUGUCUACCUUAGUAAAGAACGAGCAAUGACAAGUGUUGAGCAUUUCUUAACCACCACUCUUGACAGGCAUUUUUGUUGCAUCGUUUUUGUCAUGUAAGGGCAAAGAAAAAAGCUAGCAUGCGGUAAUGACUGUUGCUGCCUUUGCAUUGGUAGAAAAGUAAAACUGUAUUGUUUGAAUGCUCUCUUUUUCUUGUACUUGAAUUCAUGUCAAUGUCACGAGACGGCGCAAUUAGUGCCGCUUUGUAAGGCCCAUCUAGACGCGAUGUUGAAAGUGCAUCAGAGAUUCACUGGGCAGCGCACCGAUAAUGCAAGUUGUAGAGCUUUUUGUUUAUAUUGCAUACUAUAGUUUCAUGCCAAACCAGCAUAAGCACACGUGUCUCGCAUCUGCUGCCAACAACUGUCAGUGCGUAGCGCUGCGGUCUGCACGGAACACAUUCUACGAACAGCACUGUAAUGCCCUUAGGCGCUGUGGGUACUAUGAUAAAUAAAUAAAUAAAUAAAUAAAUAAAUAAACAAACAGUUUAACCAGGUUUUGUAAUCGUGCGUGGCACAUAGAGUUUACAAGCGGAGCACAAAGUUGCCACUUUCUCAAGUCGGGAACGGUAUUUGAAUCAGAUGCACUUCUUGACAUGGGGUGUCGCCACAUGCCGGUUCUGCAAUCCAUAGUCUGCUAACAAUACACAGUAGCCACACUAGUGCACACAGGAAUCGCAACAGGAGAGAGCGAGCGCAGUUCAUGCCGCGUUCUCCAGGUCAUGACACGCGCUGAUGUAACUUCUUUCCCCCAUGCCAUCUCCCCUGUGUAGCUUCCAGCGUGCUCGUCGGGACAAGAAAAGAGAGAAAGCGCUUAAAUCCCUGUAACUCCGCUUGUUCUUGACGGAUUCGAGAAAUUUUUGCGGCAACCAAUCUGUGAGGCAAUGAAGUCCGAUGCCAAGGUCGUUCGAUGAUUACUUGAAAAGGUGCUUCAAGACCCCUUUAACAAUGAUAACUUUCGCAUUUUUCGUGGAACCCAUGUCCUGUAAACUUUUGUGGAUGACUGCAAGUAUCAUCGUCUGCUCUACUUUACCGGAGCAUUGAGAACGGUUGCCUUCUCGUAAAUGUCAUCGUUCGAGGCUCUGUGCAUUCCACGCAGCAUUUCUGUUUGCUGCUUUGGCUGCAGGCAUGUGCACUUGUUAACCUUGAUGUUUUGCAUGUUUAACAAUGCUGUUGCUGUACUUGUUUGUUGCAUUUCAUGGCAAGGAAUCUGAGAUGGAACAUAUGGUUGGCGAUGAGAUGCUAGUUUUUCAUUAUUGUGCUAUCCAAUUCACUGAUCACCUGCUCUUUCUCACAGUGUUUUGCCUUCUGUAUCGUGCUCACAGAUUGAAACGCGAAAAUUUAGGGCUAAGUAAUACACUAACUUUCGUUUCCAGCAUCUCCAGUUUGUGUCAUAUCGGCGUACUUCUGACCGGAACACUUACAGCAGACCUAAGAUUACUUUUAGCGGCCAGUUUCGUAGCGACAUGACAUAAUUAUCUCGAGCAAUUGCUCAUAGCAGUCAUUAUGAUGGAAAAAUUACUGUUGCAUUUCAACCCAUGAGGACUUUACAUAUUCUCACGCACAGUUUUCGUUAUA